GGCACACAGCCCCGCGGAACCAGAUUCGCUUCCAUUUUCAAAGGAUCCGGCAGAGAUGGGCAGCGAUGGAGGCGGCGUCGGAGCAGGGUUCAACACGGACGCACUGGAGGGCGUGCGCGCCAUCCUGCUGAAACCGUCCGAGUCCCUCGACGAGUCCACCACGAUCGCCGGCCCCGACUUCAACGACGCCGGCCUCGGCCUUGCCGGGCUUCUCGGGUCGCUCGCCUCCACGGGUUUCCAGGCCUCCCACCUCGGCGACGCCAUCGACGUCGUCAAUCAGAUGCUGGAUUGGAGGCUGUCCCAGGAGAAGCCAAGCGUGGAGUGUGAUGAGGCUGAACUUGACCCCAAGUACAGGGAAUCUGUGAAGUGCAAGAUAUUCCUCGGUUUCACUUCAAACCUUGUGUCUUCUAGCAUACGGGAUGUCAUACGGUUUCUGGUUAAACAUCACAUGGUGGAUGUUAUUGUUACGAGUGCAGGGGGUAUAGAGGAAGAUCUCAUUAAAUGCCUUGGACCGACAUACCGAGGUGAUUUUUCUUUACCAGGAGCAUUGUUGCGGUCGAAAGGACUGAACCGGAUUGGAAAUCUCUUGCUGCCCAAUGAUAACUACUGCAAGUUCGAGGAAUGGAUCAUGCCAGUCCUUGACCAGAUGCUACUAGAACAAUCUACUAAGAAUGUCUGGACACCAUCAAAGGUGAUUGGUCGUCUUGGUAAAGAAAUAAAUGAUGAAAGCUCCUACCUUUAUUGGGCGCACAAGAACAAUAUUCCUGUAUAUUGCCCAGCAUUGACCGAUGGAUCAAUUGGAGACAUGUUGUUUUGCCACGCUGUUCAUAAUCCUGGUCUUAUUAUCGACAUUGUACAAGAUGUAAGGCUGAUGAAUGAUGAAGCUAUUCAUGCCACCCCAAGGAAGACAGGGGUUAUAAUUCUUGGUGGAGGCCUCCCAAAGCAUCAUAUAUGCAAUGCAAAUAUGCUUCGCAAUGGUGCAGAUUAUGCCGUAUAUAUCAACACGGCUCAAGAGUUUGAUGGUAGUGAUUCAGGAGCGCAUCCUGAUGAAGCAGUUUCAUGGGGAAAGAUUAAGGGUUCGGCAGAACCUGUAAAGGUUCAUUGCGAUGCGACUAUCGCUUUUCCCUUACUUGUUGCUGCAACAUUUGCACGUAAGUUUCAUGGUGCAUCUUGAACCAAAUGGCGUUGAAAUAAGGAACCUUGAAUUGUUUUGUUAUUCAUUUCCAACACCAUUGCUAUGUAAUCUUACAUCCUUUUUUCAUUGUCACAUGAGGUUCCCGUCGUAUGUUUCAGUGAGACUGUACAUGGUGUCCAAACUAAUGGUUUCUGUGUGUGUCCUUAUUUAUCUGGUUACUUGACUGGAAUUUGAGUUUAA